AUGGCCUCUGGCAAAUACUCAUCUGCCAUUGCCUCCUUCGACGAAGCCAUCUCUGCCGACCCUUCUGCGUACCUCACCUACUAUCGUCGAGCUACGGCCUCCCUUUCCCUCGGUCGCACCUCUGCCGCUCUGGCUGAUUUGGACCACCUGUUGCGCUUGAAGCCCGACUUUGCCCAAGCGUACUUCUCCAAGGCCAACGUGCUCAUGAAGGAGGGACACCUAGACGAGGCACAGCGCUCUGUCAGGGAAUUCCUCCGGCUCAAGAAAGGGGACGAGAGGGGCGUUGAGGUAGAGUCCAAAGUGGCAGGGGCCAUUCGCCACAUCAAGGAGCUGGAAAGUGCGGCUGCUGCGGUGGAGAAGGGCGUGGGCAAGGGCAAGGGCAAGGGCCAGGGCAAAGCGACAGUCAAGGGGGAUCGCCAGCUCGAGGCAAAGGCAAACGACUGUGUUACUGCGGCGGGUAAAGUGUUGGAGGUCUCGCCCAACAACCUCUCUGCCCGCGCCAAGCGAGCAUCCUGUCGCCUGGCUCUAGGAGACGUACAAGACAGCAUGGCCGACUGGUCUCGGAUUGCGCACCUUUCCCCUUCGACAGACCUCUACCUGCGUCUCAGCUCCCUCCAGUACUUUGUCUUCGGCGGCACCCCCUCGGAGCGAGACGAUGGGCUGGGCUACCUCAAGUCUUGCCUCGCAUCCGAUCCAGACAACAAGUUAUGCGCAAAGGCGCAUCGACGCUUGAAGGGCGUGGAGAAACAGUUAAAGAAGGCAGACAGGUUCGCCGAGCAGGGGGAGUGGCGCGCGGUCCUCUCGGCGCUCAAGGGGGCCAAGGUGGGGAAGAAUACCGUUUUGCAGAACGUGGAGGAGGCCCUCGCCGAAGACAAGGAGUCUCAGCUCCUCCCUCCAGGAACAGAAUCAGCCGUAGAAGCUUCAUUGCUCCUCCACCACAUCCGCAAACUGCACUGUCGCGCCCAUACCUCCCUCGACGAACCACUCAAGGCAAAGCCCUUCUGCGAGACCGUCCUAGCCCAAGAUGGGGAGGACGUCUGGGCUCUCGUAUCGCGGGGUGACUCGCUCAUGAAGGAGGAGAAGUACGAAGAAGCCAUGCGCGACUAUCGACUAGCUUUGGAGCGUGCGGGAGGACAAGAUCAGUCGAUCCACUCACGCCUCACCAAAGCACAACGUCUCCACAAGCAGGCCAACUCCAAGGACUACUACAAGGUUCUUGGCGUCUCGCGCGAUGCGGACGGUCCGACGAUCAAGAAGGCUUACCGCAAGCUGGCGAAAGUGAAUCACCCGGAUAAAGGUGGCUCGGCGGAGAAGAUGGCUGCGAUUAAUGAAGCCUUCGAUGUGCUGAAUGACCCGGAGAAGAGGGCACAGUUUGACCAAGGGGUGGAUCCGAAUGAUCCCAUGGCUGGAGGGGGUGGUGGGGGGCCAGGGAGUGGGGGACAACCAUUCGUCUUCCAGCAGGGGGGAAAUCCGUUUGCUAGCUUUUUCCAGCAAGGAGGGGGAGGAGGGGGAGGGGGAGGACAACAGUUCUUCCAUCAGGGCUUCCAGUCUGGUGGGAGGAGAGGACAUGCGGGACAGCAGUUUGCUUUUAACUUUGGAUGA